AUGAGGGUCACCGCGUUGGUCCUGUCGGUGCUUUUUGCGCUGGCUGUUGAGGUAAGGAUGUAAAAUUAAUAGCUUUUAUAUUACAAAAAUUGUAUGCCGUAUAUUUUUAUGGAAGAAUUUAGCGCCUUAUGUUUACAUAAACUUGGCUCCUAUCAGUGGUAUUAUAAAUAAAUAAUUUGAGGCUAUUUUUGAGCAAAACUCGUAUAUAAAUUUCUGAAUAUACGACAGGUCGAUUUUUAAAAAAUUUUUCUGCGUGAUGUGUGUAGUAGGACGAUUUGAAUUUCCAAAAUUUUGAGCCUCUUCUUCGCUGCAACUUCCAAAAUGGGCAAAAUUUUUGUUGUGUGCUGUAAACUACACGCUCGGAACUUUUCACUUUUUUUGGUUCUGAAAACACAUCCUUUUAUGGUAAGAUUGAUCAAAAUUCAUACCUCAAAAGAUGUUUUUUCUUGUGUUAAAAAAUGCAAGCUAGCCAGAACAAAGAUUAUGCUGACCAUCUUAUCACAAAUUGACUCUGUUUUUCAAAGAAACCUCUAUGAAUUUUGAUCUUUGUACCAUUAUUUUUCCCCUUCUAAAACUUGUAUUUUAGGCCAAGCGCACUAACCGCCGUUAUCGCCUAAAAAUAGAUUCCGAUGAGCUCGAUCGCAUGGAUACGAUCGCCGUUCCCCAGCUCAGUGAAGAGUCUGAGUCUUCGGAGGAAGAGGAGAUCAUUCAACAUGCCCAACUCGACCGGGCCUACCGCCCCAAGCCUUCUGAAUCCCACCAUUCCAACGUUAGAGAUCUGAAACAUCCAGAUUCGUCGUUUGAAAGCUCCGAAGAAAUGGAAAAUCCAGUUUCGGUUGAUAAAAAAGCCCAUAAGGAAUAUCCAAGAGAGUCCAAGUACUUGAAGCACAAAUGCCUCAGGCAGUCGGAAAAUUUUGUAGAACAUAAGACUUAUCCAAGGUCCUGGGAACACGCCGGAUUCGAGGCGUCGUUGCCAUUUGAGUGGGACUGGAGGGAUGUAAAUGGAAUCAAUUACUGCAGCCCCAAUAGAAAUCAGCACAUCCCGGUGUACUGUGGAAGCUGCUGGGUGUUCGGAACCUUGGGUGAGUUGGGGAUUGAUGAUUUAUGGGUCUCUCUCUGUAUAGGAAUGUAAUAAGACUAAACUGGGUUCCUUAAUUUUGGCUUGUGAUGAUUUUUUCAUAAGGAGAAUAUUAAAUUGUACCCGCCGAUCUUCUUCAAAAUUUUCAUGCGGUCUCUAAAUAGGCCGCAAAUAAUCUUCAUAAAAUUUAGCGCAUACUUGUGAACCGUAUUUUAAAUAGAUUAGUCGUUGCAUAAUUGUGCCAAAAAUGCAUGCUUAUUAUCUUUUCUAAACCUCAAAUUACUUUGAGUCAACCUCGUUUUACAAACCUAACAAUACAUAAAGUGUUACCAAAGCGCGAAAUCAACGUCAUUACCAAAAAGGGCUAGAAAAUGUGCGUUCUUUCCGACCCUUUCUCUCUCUUCUUCUCUUCUACUGAGAUUCGGUCUCUUCUCUCUCGCUCCAAAGAGGAACCCAUUUCAAUUGUCGCGCGCUUUUCUGAUGAGCUUCCAAAAAGGGUUUGAUCCGGUAUCUCUGGGGUCCAUGCAUCCUCAAACGGACAAAUCUUUCGCCUUUUACUAAAGAUUUCCGUGCAUGGGCUCGCUUAUGAGUUCAAAAAAUUUUUGGAAGUCCAGUCGAAUGAUUGGACUGAUAGUAAUUGGAAUCAUCGUAUUUUACAAAAUCUGUUGGAUUUCAGUCUACCAAAAGCUGAAAUUUUUUAUGUUGGACUGACAAUGAAAAUACGUUUCGAGAUGAAAAUCUGUUAACGAAGAUAGAGAAGUCCGAGAUUUGUUGAUCCACUGAAAACUCAUAGGUCAAAAUUUAUCAUAAAUCUGUGCGUCUUAGCUCAGUUCUCUUCGGCGUAUUUUAAAAACUUUCUAGGCGCUCUGAAUGACCGUUUCAACGUUGCCCGCAAGAAUCGCUGGCCCAUGACCAACCUAUCGCCUCAGGAAAUCAUCGAUUGUAAUGGCAAAGGAUCAUGCCAAGGGGGAGAAGUUUUGGAUGUCUUCAAUCACGCCAAAGUUCAUGGUUUGGUCGAAGAAGGAUGCAACAACUACAAGGCUGUCAAUGGACGUGAGUAAUUUAUGUUGUACAUUAGACUUGAUUUUUGUUAAUGAUUAUUCUCCAAACAGGAUCAGUCGAUUUCUCCCAGAUUUUGCAUACUUACUCUAUAUAUACUAUCGUUUCAUCCGUAAAAAUUUUAGCUCAGAUUGGCUAUAUUUCAGCAACAUUGGCUGAAAUAUAGCCAAUUAUUUUGUUGACCAUUGAUUUUUUACCUUGGCCCCGCUUCUAUGUUAUUUUUAAACUCAAAAAACCUUCAGAAUGCGACCCGUUCCAUCGUUGCGGAACUUGCUGGCCGGAACAUUGUGAUCCCAUCCAAAACUACACCAAAUAUUACAUCAAGGAUUACGGUAAGAUCAGCGGCCGUUUGAAUAUGAUGGCUGAGAUCCACAACCGAGGACCAAUUGCUUGUUCGAUCGGAGCCACUCCCAAAUUUGAAUUUGAGUAUACUGGGGGAAUUUACAACGAAUUUAGUGACUUGCCAGUAAGUUUUUUUGGAUUUUUUUGUGUUGGAAUUUGAGGAGAAGACUUGACUCGGAAAAUUUUCUAAUCGGUUUUUUAGCAAUUUUACAGGUUGUGGAAAUCCUUGAAAGCGUAUUUUAAAUUUAUUUUUACUCAAUUUUUGAAAAAUUUUGCUAAGGGAAAGACUUGACUCAAGCUGGGUCAAGUGUUUUCCUGAGACUGAAAUGAUAUGACCUAAAGGAUCACCCUUUGUAGUUACAUAUUUUUUUUGAAGUUCGUUGACGGCCUCUGAAUUAUCUUCCUCAAAUUAAAAAUUUUUUUUGGGUCAAGUCUUUCUCCCAUCAAAUUUUACUUUUACUUUCCAUUCAAUUUCAAUGGUAAACCACUUUCAGAGCAACCACAUUGUCUCCGUCUCCGGUUGGGGAUACGAUAACGCCACCAAAACAGAGUAUUGGAUCGUCAGAAACUCGUGGGGAGAUGCCUUUGGAGAGACUGGCUGGUUCCGUGUGGUCACUUCGGUCUUCAUGAACGGCAGAGGCGAUCUUUAUAACAUGGGGAUAGAGAGAGAGUGCUACUGGGCUGAUCCGGAUGUCAGCAAUUUGAAUUAG